UUUACGUAUUUGCGUAAUGAAGAAGUUUUGUAAUAUUUAGCAUAUCUAGUAAUGUAACUGAAAGCAAUAAGCAUGCCUGGGGGUGAACAAAUCACAAGAUGGCCCCUUCCUCCCUCGAAUAAAAUUCAAAAUUUCUCAUUAUGGCAGCUUGGAAGCUCCUUAGUGAUUCCUGCUGUGGGAAUCCUGAGCAAAUUGAUGGCAGAUUGGCUAAAUACUGUCACUGUCCAUAAUCGAGAGAUCCUGAUUGAUGCUUUGGAUAAUCGACCCAAAGGAACUCCUCUCAUCACUGUUUGCAAUCAUCAUUCCUGUUUAGAUGAUCCUAUGUUAUGGGGUAUACUGGAUUGGCGACACGUUUUAAACAGUCGCAUUAUGAGAUGGACUGCAGCUGCUCAUGAUAUUUGUUUCACUAACGAUUGGCAUGCACAAUUUUUUGCACUCGGCAAAACUAUUCCGGUGAUUCGAGGUGCGGGCGUCUACCAGCGAGGAAUGGAUUUUUGCUUGGAUCGUCUGAAUGCCGGAGCUUGGGUGCAUUUCUUUCCUGAAGGAAAGGUCAAUAUGGCUAAAAACGAAUUCAUUCGCCUAAAAUGGGGAAUAGGACGAUUAAUUGCUGAAUGCAAGAUUUGUCCCAUUGUGAUUCCAUUUUGGCAUUUAGGUAUGGACAGUGUUUUACCUAACGUAGAGCCAUACAGGCCGAAAAUUGGCCAGAAAGUAACAAUUUAUAUUGGAAAUCCCAUUGACUUCACCAUUAUCAGAGACAAGUUUUCCAGCGAAUAUAAAAGUGCCGUGAAAAGAAGAAAAGUCAUUACUGACAAAAUCCAAGAACAGCUCUUCCAGUUAAAACCAGUGACAGAACGUCUACAUGUGGAGCGGUAUCAAAGUUGAUUCAAUUUUAUUUUUGGCUUCAAGAACAAGACUUUAAAUUCAUUUAAAAAACAAUGCUAGAAAAAGUGAGAUACAAAUGAUUAAUUGAAUAACUGUCCUCUUAAACUAUAAUUAUGUUUGUUGCAGAAAAAUUUAUUUGACGAAUAUAUUCAUUUAUAUAUAAGCAUUUUUAAGUGAAAGAAACCAUCUUUUAAAAAUAAUUUUAAGAAAUUUAAAUAUUCUUUACUCAGAGUCAUGUAAAAAACUAUUUGUUAAAUGAAAAUACUUUAUUUAGCAUCAGAUGUGUAUCAAAAUUUAAGCAUAAUGCUUUGCUUCAUAUAAGCUUUGAUUUGCAUAAUGCUUUGCAAGUAUGAACAAAUUAUAUGGUUCAUAUUAAUUCGAAUUUAUGAGAUUAUUAUUUAAAAUUUUCGUAUUAGAAAAUUAUUCUCUCACAAAUCGCAUUUCAUAAAAUCAUACUAGCAAAUGUUAAUUUAUGACAUAAUGCAGCUUAUCGCAAUGAAUUUCAUAACUCUAGAAACCAAAUUAACAUUUCUUCCUUCACAAUUAUUUUUAUGUAUUGCUCUUUUUAUCUUGUUAUAGUUAGAGAGUUUUACCCAUACUCACAAGAUACAUACUCGAAAGAAUAUAGGGUUUUCAAUUUUAAGCAGAUAAAAAUUAUAUGCAAUAAUCAAAUAUUGCUUGUAUAUUUUUCUAAUUGAAAUGGUUGUAUGUAACAGAAAUUUACAUUUAAAACUUAACUUUUUCCCCUAGUUUCACUAAAAUUGAAUCUGAAAUAUUAAUAAUUAUACAUUCAACAGUGUAAUUAACAAAAGCUCAAGUUCAUUUUUGCUCAUUUUUUAUUAGCCUGAGUUUAUUAGUUUCCCUUCUAAUUAGCGAGACACAUAUCAUUUUUGCUUUUUUAAUUUCAUUUUGUUUUGUAUGAUGCUAUGAAUUUGAAAAAAAAAAUUCACAUCUACCAUUUUUUUAGUUUGUUUCAACUUGCAUCAUCAGUGUAUUCCCAAAAGCAUAACAAACGUUGUGUGGUCUUUAUUAACUAGUAAACAUUCUGAUCAUUUGAUGUUCAGAAGUAAGUUUCAAAUUUUGUUUCUUUUCUUGAUGCCUCUUUUGAUUCAAAUGUUUAAUCAUUAUGUAUGCUUCAUCAAUCAAGUUACAUUUUCAAUCUCAUUGAUUACAUCGAUCAUAAUUUACCCCUCUUUUGUGCUGCAGUUGUCUAUAGUUAUCAUUAUCAAGUUAUAUAUCAAAUGUUUUUCAAUCAUAACACAUUAUGAAUUGUUAAAAUAAAUUGUAAAUCUUUUGUUUUAACUCUAACAUCAAGGGAGGGGGGGGGAGCAUAUAGCGACCUUUAUUUGCUUCGUAAAACCGAAAUCUCUUAAAAAAUGAGUUUGUGGCAAAAAUCUUAAAACAUCAUGCAUACUUGCUCUCUUUUUUAAAAAAAUACUUUUUUUUUUGUACAGUACAAAAAUAGUUGAUUAAUUUGCUUUGAACUGUCUUAUUGUCUUUCUUUUAUGUGUGUUAUUGUUUUCAAGAAAUACUCAUGGCCGAAAAAAGAUUGUCAUAUGCUUCUUUGACUUGAAAAUUUUUUUUGAAGUUUUUCUGCACAUCAAAGAUAUGUUAAGAGUUAUUCAGCUUCAAAUUCUUUCCAAUUGCAUUAUAGUUGCUGCAUUGUCUCUUUUAAAAUUGCAGAAUUCGGUUUGUAACUAAUUUUCAAUUCAUUUCAUAAAUCAUUUUAUUUAAAUGUUUUCCCAAUAUUGUGGAGUGGAAUACAACAUAGUUUAAAAUUUCUUUGAAAGCAAAACAAAGCUGUCUGUUUACUAUCCCAUUAGCUGAGAUUUUAUUUAAAUAAGAUUUAUAUGGACAAGUUUACUACAGGGACUUAUGUAUGUUUAUGCAAUCGUUAAUGGGUCAUGAUCUACUCAUUUGUAAUCAUAAUUUAUUUAAUAAUAAUUUUGUUGAUUAUAAAAUUCUAAUGAACACUUGGUUUUUAUUUUAUUUUUUAUUCAAACUUUUUACUGCAAUACUCAUUGUUUACUGUGCGUUUAUAUAUGUUUUCUGUAAGGGUAGCAGUAAAAAAACUCACAAGAAUUAACUGUGUAUUGUAUGUAGAAAAAGUAAUCACACUAUAGUUUUAGUCAGACAUAUUAUUUGAGAUUAAAAAGAUUAUUAUAUUAUAAAAGUAAAUUUAAGUUGAAACAUUACACCUGCUGUCAAGUGUGUUAAAUAUCUAUUCAAUCAUUUUUUAGAUCAAUAUUUUUCGGUAAUUUAUUUAUUAUUAUUUUAAGUUAAAAUGCAUCACGUUUGUGAAUACUUAAGAACUAAAGUCAAGCAGUCUUCAAAAAAUAAAUAAAGGUUUUACUUCUUACUUAAAGAACCACCUACAGAAUAGGAGGGUAUAAAUAUGUCACAACAAAGCCUUUUUAAUGUAUGCACAAAUCAAAACAUUUACGUUUCUGUUAAUACUGUAUAGUUUCAUAGUAGCUUCUACCUCUUUAUUUACUUUUUUUUUUUAACUGGGUGCUCCUCCAUCCACCAAUUUGUUUAGUAGAAUAUUUUAAUUCUUUUUUAAAUACAUCGACAACUUCAUAUACACAUUUAGGAGCUAACACUGCAUAAAGUAAAGUUUACAGGAGAACAGAAAUAUAAUUUGUUCUUUCAAAGAAAAACUUUCAAAACUAUACUGGUGAAUGGUUCUAUUUUCAAAACAAAACUAUUUUUUAUUAAUAAAAAGAUUCAUUAGUAUUGUUUUGGUAGUUUAAUGACUCCAAAUAUAUUUUUUUUCAUUAGCGUAAAAAAUUGGUUUUGCUUCUUAAUUAUUUUUCAAUGUCAACUCUUCAAUUGUGAUGUAUAAUUAAUUUAAUGGAUUGUCUAAAUUUGUUAUUAAAUGCAAAACUUUUUUUUUUUUUUUUGGCAAAUUUGAAAAGGGAUUAAGUUUUUACAUGUCUGGUUUUAGAUUUUACUUAGCUAACAACGCUAUAAACAUUCAAUAAAUAUGUCAGAACAAACUUAAUGUUUCUACACUGUUAUUCAGUGGAAUCAAACAUAUUUUUUAAGAUCUUUGCUAUUUAUUUUAAAUCUCUGAUUCAAAUGAAUGUGUGGUUAAUUUUUUAAGUAUUUGGUUCAUAAUCAUAGUCUUGAUGAAAGCUUUAUGUUAUGAAAUAAUUUUUACUUGUUGGAUAACAAUCAAAGUCUUUUCUAUCACAUAUAGAGCUAAUUAGUUCUGAUUAUUUAACCUUUUCUCCCUUGUUAUAGUAAUUUGAAACUGUUUUGGCCUGAAAAAUAAUUUUAACAAGAUUUUAAUUAAUUUGUAUUUUAAUGUAAAACUUUAUCAUUUUUUAUUUUAAGUUGAGCUUGUAAUAAAAUUUUAAUAGCUCUCUGCUUUAUAUGAGCAAACUGUUACCAAUUGUGUACAAAGGUUACAUUAUUGUAUAAUAAUUAUUUUAUAACUAUUGUUGUGGAAUAAGUUUGAGAUUGUCAACCACAGAAUUUAUUAAAGAAAUUUAAAGAUU